AUGCAGAGACCGACGUUGUUGGUGAGCUACACCUGGGCCCAUGCGUGUUGUUCAGUAAACUUGCUUUUCCUUUCAUUGCUGGCGUUCCAGAAUGCAGCGGCGGUGCUGCUCACGAGUUACACGCAGCAACGGCAUUUGGCUGCCGGAGCCGAACGGUUUACCGUGACGCACGUGGUAUUGAUGCAGGAGGUCACAAAGCUCAUUGCUUCGCUUGUCUGGUGUGCCGUGGAUGUCUACCGAUUCGUCGGAGCACACGAGGUUGACAUGAACGCGGAGGAGGCGGUUGUGAAAGUGCCGGAUGAAACGUGGCAGCAGCCGACGAGGGUUGUCAUUGGCAAGGCGGCGCCUGUUCCGACUUUUUCGAGUCCGAGUGAAGACUUGCAUCACAAGGACGAGGUGGCGGAUGUAUCGGACAAAGUUUACUUAACACGUGCGGAGAAAUGGAACGUGUGCAAGAGACGAUUCUUCUUGGAGCUUUUUCACCAGAGUGCACUUUGGAUGCUGUUGCCGGCGGCGCUCUACUCUCUGCAGAACUGCUGCAUCUACCUUGCCCUUGCAAACAUUGAGCCAACACUUUUUCAGGUGACGUAUCAAUCAAGAAUUUUCAUCACAUUACUCUUCAUGGUGUGUUUUAUGAAGCGCACCUUUUUGCUGCGGCAGUGGCUGGCCCUUGUUCUGUUGGUAUUCGGCGUCACCGCGGCGCAGCUGGGGAGCCGGGUUUCUCUGGUGUCGAAUCAGUCGACGGUGGGGAUGUUUAAGGGGGACUGCGUCACUGGUGUCGUCGCCACCGUUGCCUCCUCCACGCUGUCCAGUGCCGCCUCUGUUCUCAUGGAGGCUUUUUUAAAGUCCACGUCCAUUUCAAUGCGCUCGUUUACCUCCACGAAAAAUGUGCAUCUUUCGUUUUACUCGGCACUGUAUAUUGCCUUGCUUCAGCUACUGGGCGAUGGCGGGAAGGCCUUCACCGAGCUCAGUCGUACUGGACUUACGGACUCUGUUGGGGCGUACUUUUGUGGCUUUGACUACCUUGUCUGGAUGCUGGUGCUGGUGCAGUCCAUUGGGGGGUUGUUGGUGGCGGUGGUGCUUAGAUACUCCGAUAAUAUCAUGCGGACCUUUGCCUCGGGCGUCUCUCUCAUGCUGAGCGGCUUUUGCUCCUCCUACCUGUACUCGUUUAUGCCGAGCACAUUGUUUUUGAUUGGCAACGUCGCAUCCAUCGGGGCAAUUACGUUGUACAACUGUUAG